AUGGCUGAGCAGCUUGUCCACCGUGGGACCCUCGAAGGCCACAAUGGCUGGGUCACCUCCCUGGCCACUUCGCUUGAGAACCCGGAUAUGCUCCUGUCCGCCAGUCGCGAUAAGACCCUGAUCAUCUGGAACUUGACCCGUGAUGACACCGCAUACGGAUACCCCAAGCGGAGCCUCCACGGCCAUUCUCAUAUUGUCUCUGACUGUGUAAUUUCGUCCGACGGUGCCUAUGCCCUUUCUUCCUCCUGGGAUAAAACCCUUCGCCUCUGGGAACUGGCCACUGGUAACACCACCAGAACCUUUGUUGGCCACACCAAUGAUGUUUUGUCCGUCUCCUUCUCUGCCGACAACCGCCAGAUUGUAUCCGGAUCCCGCGACCGAACCAUCAAACUGUGGAACACUUUGGGUGACUGCAAGUUCACCAUCACCGACAAGGGACAUACCGAAUGGGUCUCCUGUGUUCGCUUCAGCCCCAACCCCCAGAACCCCGUCAUCGUCUCUGCUGGCUGGGACAAACUCGUCAAGGUCUGGGAACUUUCAUCCUGCCGCAUCCAAACCGACCACAUCGGCCACACUGGCUACAUCAACACCGUCACCAUCUCCCCUGAUGGAUCCCUCUGCGCGUCUGGUGGUAAGGAUGGCACUACCAUGCUCUGGGAUCUCAACGAGUCCAAACACCUCUACUCUCUCCAAGCCGGCGACGAGAUCCACGCCCUCGUUUUCUCCCCUAACCGCUACUGGCUCUGCGCUGCCACCUCUAGCAGCAUUACCAUUUUCGAUCUGGAGAAGAAGAGCAAGGUUGACGAACUUAAGCCUGAAUUUGUAGAAAAGGGAAAGAAGAGCCGUGAACCUGAGUGCAUAAGCUUGGCGUGGAGCGCUGACGGCCAGACUCUGUUUGCUGGAUACACUGAUAAUAAGAUCCGAGCCUGGGGCGUUAUGUCGAGGACGUAG